AUGGAACGCGGCGGCGGUUGCGGGGCUGGAAGCGGGACGGAGGGGGCUGCGCGGGGACCCCCGCUCCCCGGGAAGAUGGCCGAGUCAGGCGCGGUGCGGACCUCCCCGCCCAACCACCGACCUUCAGGUAUGGAUGGAUUUUUAAGAUCUGACGAGAGACAAAGACUAGCUAAAGAAAGACGAGAAGAAAGAGAAAAAUGUCUUGCUGCCCGGGAGCAGCAGAUCUUAGAGAAACAGAAAAGAGCGAAGCUCCAAUAUGAAAAGCAAAUUGAGGAGCGAUGGCGGAAACUGGAAGAGCAGCGACAGCGGGAGGACCAGAAAAGGGCAGCUGUGGAAGAGAAGAGGAAGCAGAAGCUCCGGGAGGAGGAGGAGCGGCUGGAGGCGAUGAUGCGCCGGUCCCUGGAGCGCACACAGCAACUGGAGCUAAAGAAGAAGUGCUCGUGGGGAGCUUCGCUGGCCACCGGGCCUGGAGGUCGUGAUGCAUGUGACAAACUUUCAACAUCAACCAUGAAUUUGCCAAAGCAGACGGAGCCUCCCAUGAGUAAGCGCCUGUCUUCAUCCACCGUGGCAAUAUCCUAUUCCCCAGACCGAGCUCAUCGCACACACCUUAGUCCCAUGGAAACCUUUCUUGUUAUGCGACUGUUGACACCUACACAGGCUUCUUUAGCCAGAACCAGAAGUGCGCUCAUGCUCUCUGAGCAGGCCAAUGACUCAGUAUCCCAUGCCUGUCCUCGUGUAGCUCCUGCUGGUCCUCUUAAAUCUUCUUACAAGUCUUCUCCCACUCGGAGUGCUGAGAGGAAGAAGACUCCAUCUACAUCUGGUGUAGGAGAUUCUGGGAAAGGAGCCCCUGCAGGAGCGGAGGCCUCUCCGGUAGAGAAGAUGAAGCGGGGCCCACGAACAACAACUUCUGUUCCCAGUGUGGGCCUUGGGUCUCCUCUGAGAAGAUGCGAGUUUCCAGGAAGCAUUGCUAAGAGGUCGUCUUCUCCAGUGACAUCCAAAGCAACUUCAAAAGCAUAUCCACAGUCUCCAAAGAAUACGAAGCCGCCAUACCCAGGGUCUCCUGUGAAGUACCGCUUUCCCACCUUUCCCAGCCAGGAAACGCCCAAGAGGAAAGCAGAGAAAGAGAAGAGCAAUAAGGAAAGGGAAGGUGCCCUGGCUCAGCAGGCAGCUGGCCUGUGUGGAGAGGAAACCCCAGAGAAACAUGUGGUGGACAAGCAUGUCACUGAGAAGCAUGUGGCCGCAGGAGGGAAGGCCGAGAGCAGCGGAGCCUCAGGGAAGCCUACAGCAGGCACCACUGAUGCAGGAGAGGCUGCAAAGAUCCUGGCUGAAAAGAGACGACAGGCCCGGCUACAGAAGGAGGAGCAGGAACGACUGGAGAAGGAAGAACAGGACAGGCUGGAGAGAGAGGAAUUGAAAAGAAAGGCAGAGGAGGAAAGACUUCGCCUAGAAGAGGAAGCCCGUAAGCAGGAAGAGGAAAAGAAGCGGCAGGAAGAGGAAGAAAAAAGAAAGGCAGAAGAGGAGGCUAAGAGAAAGGCCAAGGAGGAGCUGUUAUUAAAAGAAGAGCAAGAAAAGGAAAAACAAGAAAAAGAAAAGCAAGAAAAGGAAAAACAAGAAAAAGAAAAGCAAGAAAAGGUCAUGAUUGAAAAGCAGAAGGAAGCAGCAGAAGCAAAGGCCCAGGAGGCAGCUAAACAGAUGCGUCUAGAAAGAGAACAGAUCAUGCUGCAGAUUGAGCAGGAGCGACUGGAGAGGAAGAAGAGAAUUGAUGAAAUCAUGAAGAGAACAAGGAAGAGUGAUGUGUCUCUAGAAGUGAAGAAAGAAGACCCAAAGGUGGAGCUUCAGUCUGCUGUGUGUGUGGAAAAAGAGACAAAACCAGUUGUCCUGAACAAAAUAGAAAUAAAUGGAUUAAACACCUGCCAGGAAGUUAAUGAUAUGGGGCGUACUGCCCCAGAAACUUUUCCUCGAGACAUUUUCUCUAAUGGGCUUAAACCAGUUGGGGGACUUGUUCAUCUGGACACCCUUGAUGGGAAAUCAAACAGUCUGGAUGACUCAACUGAAGAGGUUCAGUCUAUGGAUGUGAGUCCUGUUUCAAAGGAAGAGCUUAUCUCCAUCCCAGAAUUUUCACCAGUAAGUGAAAUGAUUCCUGGGGUGUCUCUGGACCAAAAUGGAACUGGUAAUGCCCGAGCACUUCAAGAUCUCUUAGAUUUCACCGGCCCCCCCAUGUACCCCAAGCGAUCCAGUGAAAAUCUCAGCCUGGAUGACUGUAACAAAAACCUGAUUGAAGGAUUUAACAGUCCUGGCCAAGAAAAUACUCUGAACACCUUCUGUUGACAAAUACAUCUCUUUAAUGAAAGGUGGUGUUUGGAGAACCCAUGAAGCUGCUGGUAGUCAAAUCCAAGCUGCUGGUCCUCUGAAGAAGCUUCUUUUGUCCUAAAUCCCUGGAUUCCAAAUUAUUAGAUCAAAAUGUAACUGUAUAUUCCUAGUUAGUAUAUCAAACA